AUGUCCCUCACCCUCGAGACCCCUCUCGCCUUCAAGCUUUUGAACGGUUUCUUUGAGAACGCUUCCUACGUCAAGGGCGUCGAAGCCUCUGAUGCCGAUAAGGCUGUUUUCGAAGCCCUUCCUGAAGGUCCUUCCGAGACUGCUUACCCCCAUUUGGCCAGAUGGUACAAGCACAUUGCUGCUGUCCAAGGCUUGACUGCCAAGGCUGCAUCUGCUGCUCCCGCUGCUGCUGCCGCUGAGGAGGAUGAUGACAUUGAUCUCUUUGGUUCCGAUGAUGAGGAGGUUGAUGAAGAGGCUGAGCGUAUCAAGGCCCAACGUCUUGCCGAAUACAACGCCAAGAAGGCUGCCAAGCCCAAGCCUAUUGCUAAGACCACCGUUACCUUGGAAGUCAAGCCCUGGGAUGAUGAGACCGAUAUUGACGCUAUGACCAAGGCCGUCCGUGAUAUCUCCAUGGAAGGUCUCCUCUGGGGUGGUUUCCAACACGUCCCUGUUGGUUUCGGUAUCAAGAAGCUUCAAAUCAACUGCGUUGUUGAGGAUGACAAGGUCUCCAUGGAUGACUUGACUGAGGCUAUCGAGGCUUUGGAGGACUACGUCCAAUCCGUUGAUGUUGCUGCCAUGCAAAAGAUCUAA